AUGGCGGCAAUUGCGCUUCCGUCUACGAUGCACGCGUGGCAGUACAAGGAGUACGGCAAGGGGAUGCAUCAGGUGGAGCUGCCAGUGCCGGCGCCGGGCCCAAAGGAGCUUCUCGUGAAGGUUGCCGCCACGAGCCUUAACCCACUGGAUUACAAGCUCGAGUCCGGAUCCUUGAAGAUGAUCUACGGUCUGAAGCUCCCCAUCACGCCAUGCACUGACGUGGCUGGCACAGUCGCCGCCGUCGGCGAGGGCGUCACGGACUUCGCCGUGGGAGACCGGGUCGCGGCCUGGAGUGACGUCAUGAAAUCAGGCGGGCUCGCGGAAUACGUUCUCCUCGACAAAAAGUCGGCCGCCGCAAAACUGCCGGCGUCAGUCUCGUUCGAGGAGGCCUCGGGAGUUGUCACCACGGGAAUGACCGCCCUCCAGGCACUCAGGGACAAGGCCGGUGUGCCGCUCUCGGGUAAGGGUCGGGUGCUCAUCAUGGCGGCGUCAGGGGGAGUGGGCGCUUAUGCGGUGCAGCUGGCCAAGAAGGCGGGCGCCCACGUGACCGUCACGGUCGGCGCGCGCAACGCGGACCUCGCGCGCAGCCUCGGCGCCGAUGACGUCAUCGACUACCGGGCGGUCGCGGACCCGGACAACCCGCUCGCGCACCCGGGUGGCGAGCUGUAUGACGUCAUCCUGCACACGACGGCGGUUCCGGAGAAGUGGGACCACUUUCACCGGGUGCUCACCCCCAAGGGGUGUGUCGUAAGCACGAUUCCCGAGUUUUCCACUUUCCUGCGGACGGCGAUCCAGUCGGUAACGUUCGCGGGGCAGAAGAUGAUUCCCAUUUUCUGCGACUGCUCGAAGGCGGAGGAUCUGAAGCUGCUGAUUGAGAUGAUGGGCAGGGGCGAGCUGAAAACGGUGGUCGAUUCAAAGACGCCGCUCAAGGAGGCGGACAAGGCGUGGGAGCGGUGCCUCGGGGGGCAUGCGACGGGAAAGAUUGUUGUCACCGUUCCGUGA